AUGCCGUCCACCCCUCCCACUCAGCCAGACGACGCCCGCCCUCGCCCCCCCGACGACUUUGUCCUGGGCUCCAUCGCCAACCCUACCACCCAACACGUCGCCAAUCCUACCACCCAGCACGUCGCAAGCCCCGCCUCACUCUCCUUCGCGCUUGUCCCCCGCUGGCGGGAACUGGUGCCCGUGUUGCCCACUGCCUGGCCUGGCUGGGCUGGCGGAUUUCAGGGGUGGCUGAGGGGCAUCUUUGAGGGCAUAGCAGGCCAAGAUCAGAGGGCCUACAACAAGUGGAUUGAGAACGAGUUCAGAAUGAUCGACUCUCUCCCAUUGCCUCUCGGACAAGCCAACGACAUGCGGAGCGCAGCCAAGAAAAAGAUCGACGAUCACCGACAACUCUCAUUCUGGGCCACGGCCAUCAUUCCGACAUUUGUAUUCAUCAACUCCAUUGUCGUGUGUCUCGUCGGGUAA